UUGUGCAUCGUACGUAAUACGCUCAGAUUUAGCGUGUGCCAGGUUCUAUGGUACAUGUUGCCGUUGUCCUCUUGCGUCGUUUCUUGUUCUUCCAAUCUACGUGGUACCUAAUGGUGAACUAUUGUGGAAGUUUUUUGAGUGUGGUGCGACUUUAACGUGGUCUGUGGUAAGAGUAGGCCCAAACGAAGUAUGUGACAAGCACGCUUGCGUCUUGUUAUUAAACUGCUAGCUACUUUUAGCUUGUUAAGUGUGUUUGGCAACAUUAUGGUCGCUAUUAAUUACAUGUGUUGGCUAAGCAUUUCGAGUACAAGUUAACUGUUGUUCUUGUCGUUUAGUUGCGUGCCUGUAAAAACAUUCAGCUUGGAAAGCAACGCUAUAUAGUUGCAAACGGGAAGCUUUGCAACUAGGAAAGAGCUCAGUGACCUUCCGCGACAGCUGGCGUGUGGCUCAUCGCUUUUCCUCUGAAUGGACAAAAAAUGCAUCUGACCAGAGGACUGCCACGACCAAGAACGUCACCUGAGUAACCGAAACUUCAGAAAAACCCUUCUUCGACACUUGUGUUCGAGCUUUUUCGUUUAAUUUUAGGCUGCGAUAACUUUUUUUUUUUUUAAGAAUGACUCGCCGCUCUGUGGCGAACGUGUUUUCCCUUGGAAGUCGGAUAGUUUGUUAUGGGUACUCGCAUCGUUUUAACCACAAGGCAACGUGCAACUUCUCGUCCAAAGCAAAAGUUGGGUUUAAACCUGAAAAGGUAGCGGUGGUCACAAAAACGACACGGUACGAAUUUGAACAGCAACGUUAUCGCUACGCAGGGCUGUCCGAAGAAGAUUUGAAACACUUGCUUGCCAUGAAGGGCUCCAGCUACAGCGGUCUACUGGAACGACAUAAUGUACACACUAACAACGUGGAACAUAUUGUGAACAGCCUUCAGAAAGAGGGAAUUGAUGUACAAGUUGUGAAGAGAGGGGAAUAUAAUGAAGAGGUUGUGCGAUGGGCAGAUGCUAUUGUCUCUGCUGGAGGUGACGGAACAAUGCUACUUGUUGCCAGUAAGGUUUUAAGCAAGGACAAACCUGUCGUCGGCGUAAAUACAGAUCCAGAAAGGUCAGAAGGGCAUCUUUGCUUGCCUGUGCGGUAUACUCAUGCCUUUCCAGAGGCACUUCAAAAACUCUGUCGUGGUGAGUUCAGGUGGCUGUGGCGUCAGAGAAUCCGCCUGUACUUGGAGGGCACAGGAAUAAAUCCCACCCCAGUGGACCUGCAUGAGCAGCAGCUGAGCCUGGAGCAACAUAGCCAAGCUCACCGCAUCACCACGAUGGACAGUCAGCAGAGGAGAGGAACAUUGCAAAGGAGCUCCCCCGAGCCCAACCUCCUCCCCGUGCGAAGUUUGAACGAAAUCUUCAUCGGUGAAUCUCUUUCCUCAAGGGCUUCCUACUAUGAGAUCUCGGUUGACGAUGGCCCGUGGGAAAAGCAGAAGAGUUCGGGACUGAGUAUCUGCACAGGAACGGGAUCUAAAGCCUGGUCAUAUAAUAUCAACAAACUUGCCGAUCAAGCAGUGGAGGAGGUUCUAAAAAUUGGAAAGUCCCAUAUAUCUGGUCUUGAUAUACCACUGAGCCAAGAGUGUAUCGAAAAGGUAACUGAUCAGUACAACGAGUCCCUGGUGUUCAGUCCGGAAGACAGCCGCUUGUUCUACAGCAUCAGGGAGCCCAUCGUCAACAGAGUCUUCUCCAGCAGCCGCCAGAGGGGCUUCGCCAGCAAGGUGUGUGUCCGCUCCAGAUGUUGGGACGCCUGCAUGGUGGUGGACGGAGGGACUUCCGUUGAGUUCAAUGAUGGCGCCAUCGCCACCGUCGCCCUGAGCGAGGAGGACCAGCUGCGGACAAUCGUUCUCGAGCAGUGAGACGAGCAAACAGUCCACGUCCCUCAACCCAUCAGUGACGUGAUCAAAAGGAAGCACCUGCUUGAUAUCCAGACAGGCGUUGUAUACUUUCAUACCAAAACCAAAGGGUGAUUUUUCUCUUUUAUUCCAAUUGACCCAUCCAAUUCUUUUGUUUUUUUCCCUUAUUGAUUUAAACCACAUAUUUUUGCCAGGCUGUUCAGGUUAUAAUUCAAAUUAGAGGAUACCGUGCCAUACAAUAUUGUAAAGGGGUAACAAAAAAAUGUAUUCUCUAGCAAAAGGUGCUAUAGGACUAAACCUUUACAUCUAAAUUUGGUAACAGUGACUUGUCAUCUUUUCUAACAUCUACUAUAGCCCAGAUUGAGAUUAGGUUUGUCUGUUUGAGGAUGGGGAUCCAUUCACAGAGGAUCUGUAUCAUUUAGAUAGAUUUAUAUGAUAAAUUCAAAGCAUCCAGAUUAUGUUGAGAACGUGACAUGCGUCAUAAAUAUCUGAUCAUUUAUAAGUGUUUGGUUAUUUAUUUGAAAAAAGAUAAAGGUGCACGUCAUUUAGUUCAGUAGAUAUUUCCCUUCGCCUCAUCUUGUGUCUUGCCCACCUUUGUGUUGCAGUUUAAAGCUCAUUUCCAAUGCCUUUGGGUUGCCUCAACAUGUUGCUGAGUUGAUUUAGCCCUCGCUAAAUGGAAAAUGCAGCACAUAGCUAACAGAUCCCAGUGACACAGCCAAUGUUCUUAUUCUUCAACUACUUUUUUUCCCCCCUAAAAGAUCGACAGGGUAUUAAAAAGCACAUUUUAACAUAAAGAUGCUUUGUGAAUGUAGCCCCAGACUGAAAUGUACAAAAGAUUUUUACGCAAGUGCAGUCUCUGGAUAAAAACGCUCGCAGGUCAAGAAAGUAAUUCUUAAGAUUUAGUUUUUCAGAUGAAACUUAUUCAGAAUCCAUCUGUGACAUGUUUAAUAUUUACUGCAUCAGUUUUGGAAACUGCUCACAAUCAUAUGGUCUUUAAAUAAGCAUUGCUCUCUUCCCUCCAAUCUUAUCCGGUGUCACAAAUGAUGACGUAGUAGAUUUGUUAUAUGCUAUAUUAAUUAAGAUUUCCUCUAUAUUUAGUGUUCCAGUGAGUAUUUGUGGCCACAGUGCAUGUGGGAUGUGAUGAAAUAAACUUCUGUGUGUGCAUGUAUGUUUGUGGUGAUCUAGAACAUUCAUUGAUUUUUUUUUUUCUUUCCUCUUAGUUAUUUGUGGAUCGUAGUAGAGCUCUUUAACUUAAAUGAGAUCCUACGUGCUAACCCAGGACAGUAAUCUGAGCCACUGUUUGAUUGCACAGAUAACCGAGUCCACAUCAGUAUGUUUAGUGAGUGCAAAUGUGUUUUAAACAGAGUUUAAAUAUUCUAUAGCUGUUUCAGCCUUUCAAAUAUGUGCUGCUUGCUAAAUCUGAGGCUGGAAAAGAGCAAAUGAAGUGUGCCGAAGCCCAUAUUUUCAGUGCAAUUCAACUACACGUGACAAGAAAAUAUAUUUUGGAAGGUAUUAAAAAAAGUGCAAAAUGUGCCUGAGGUGGAGAUGCCAAACACCCGAAAGGCACGAUUGCUUUUAACUGGUCAAAACGCACCACUAAAUUUUGUUUGGUUAUUUUGUACAGUGUACAAUUUGAUGUACAAUGUUUUAUAGAGACUUUCUAGACCUCUAGUCCUAUUUUGUUACAAAAACCUCGAUGGAGAACCUUGUGAUAACUCCCAGGAUUGACUUGGAAUUAAGGCAUUUUUUAAAUUGAUCAAAUAAUCUAAAACUGUAACGAGACAUGAUCAAGGGAAAACGUCCCGUGGAAACGCUUAUGUUUACAGUGAUUUGUUUUUUUGGAUAAAGUGGUUUGGAACAAA